CAUUUGCCGUUUGACAUAAAUAGCCUAUACAUUUCACAAUUCAAGCCACAGCCAGUUAUAUAUUUUGUAAGCCUGGGUGUUUAUUUAUUUAAUAUUUAAAGAUUGUCUAGUCGACAAUAAAAUUGGGUGAAAAUGUCUGGAACGACAAAGCAACCGCCUUCAACAAGUUCUGCUGGUUCAUCGUCAACAAACGCUAACGGACCCUCGACUUCUGCAUCAACUCCACCAGCAAACGUCCAAGAAUUCAAGAUACGUGUUCCAAAAAGUUUACGCAAAAAACAUCAUGUAAUGAGAUUCAAUGCAACUCUCAAUGUUGACUUUGCUCAAUGGAGAUCUGUGAAACUAGAGCGUGAAAAUAAUAUGAGAGAGUUUAAAGGGGCCGAAGAAGAUAUGCCUAAAUUUGGUGCUGGUUCCGAAUACAAUCGUGACUUACGCGAAGAGGUCAGACGUAAAAAGUUUGGCAUUAUCGCCAAGAAGUAUAGACCAGAAGCUCAGCCAUGGAUUUUAAAAGUAGGUGGAAAGAGUGGGAAAAAGUUCAAGGGCAUCCGCGAAGGUGGAGUCAGCGAAAAUGCCGCCUUCUAUGUUUUUACACAUGCUCCUGAUGGAGCAAUAGAAGCGUAUCCCUUAAAUGAAUGGUAUAAUUUUCAACCUAUUCAGCGCUAUAAAUCAUUAUCUGCUGAAGAAGCAGAGCAAGAGUUUGGUCGUCGCAAGAAGGUCAUGAAUUAUUUCUCUCUAAUGCUCCGAAAGCGUUUAAAGGGUGAUGAAGAGGAAGAGAAAGACCCCGAUGAGGUAAAAGUAAAAGGUGCCGGUUCCAAAAAAUCAAAGGAAUUGAAAAUAAGUGAAAUGGAUGAGUGGAUUGACUCUGAAGAAGAAUCAGACUCGGAUAGCGACGAAGAGGAUAAAAAGAAGAAAGAUGCCGACAGCGAUGAUGAGGGCAAGAAAAAAGGCAAAAAAGGCAAGGACGGAGAAAAGAAAAAGAAGAAACGAGAUGUUGAUGACGAAGCUUUUGAGGAAUCAGACGAUGGCGACGAAGAGGGUCGUGAAAUGGAUUACGACACUGAGUCUAGUGAGGAUGAACCCGAUCCCGAAGCAAAAUUAGAUAAGGAUAUGAAAUCGGUCGCAGAGGAAGAUGCUCUUCGUAAACUACUUACCUCUGACGAGGAUGAAGACGAAGAAAACAAAUCGGAUGAUUCUGAUAAAGAGGACGAAGAAAAGAAAAAGAAAGAUAAAUCAAAGGAAGAAGGCAAGGAGAAGAAGAAAAACAAAUCCAAAACUAAGGACUCGAAAAAGGAUUCGUCAAGCGAUUUCAGCUCGGAUAGCAGCGACUCGGAAAUAGAAAGUAAACAAAAGAAGAAGGGAAGUUCAAAACCACCAAGUAAACAAAAUUCGCGAUCAGCUACACCCACAUUCAACAAUGAUGCUAGUAAGCGCAAACUGAAUAGUAUGCCAGGUGAUCUCACAGCUUCGGAGAAUAGCAAUAGUCCUAUUAGCACUCCAUCUAAGCGGCCUAAAACUGAAUCGUUGACACCUUCAUUGCCAUCAACAUUUGCUGGAGUGGUUAAUACAAAUAACAAGGACGAUUAUGGCAUUACCGAGGAAGCUGUUCGCCGCUAUUUAAUGCGCAAACCAAUGACGGCUACAGAACUGUUGACCAAAUUCAAAAACAAAAAGACUGGUGUAUCCAGCGAUCGCUUGGUUGAGACAAUGACUCAAAUUUUAAAGAAAAUCAAUCCUGUCAAACAAACCAUACAAGGUAAAAUGUAUUUGAGCAUCAAAGUUAAUAAGUAGAUAAGUACCUAUGCGAUAACAUUUAAUAAACAAAAAGAAAAAUGUGAUGUUAUUAUAUACAAGAAAUAAAAAAUCACUAUUUUAAGGUUUGAAAAGUUAA